AUGAUGGAAACUUGCAGCUCCCCAGAAGACAAACCAUCAAUGUUUGUUAUCAUCAUAUCUUUCACAAUUCCAGGAAUGGAGUGCAUCAUUGGCAUUAUUGGAAAUAGUUUCAUUAUGGUUACAAAUGGGGCUGAGUGGGUGCAAAACAGAAAGUUCUCCACAAGUGGUAGGAUUUUGUUUUUCCUCAGUUCAUCUAGAAUUGCUCUCCAGAGUUGCAUGAUGAUGGAAAGCUUUGCAUCUUUAAUAUUCCCAUCCUUUUACAAAGAAGAUACUGUCUAUGAUACAUUCAAAGUCAUUUUCAUGUUCUUGACUUUUUGCAGCCUCUGGUUUGCUACUUGGCUCAACAUCUUCUACUUUGUAAAGAUUGCCAAUUUCAACCACCCUCUGUUCCUCAGGCUAAAGUGGAGAAUCACUAGACUAAUGCCUUGGCUACUGUGGUCAUCAGUGUUCAUUUCCUUCUGUUACAGUGUCCUUUUUUCCCAACAGAUAUAUAAUACAUCCUGCAAUCACUCAAUCCCUGACCCAUUCUCCAACUCCACAAAGAAGAAAUACAUCAUCAAUACCAAUGUGAUCAACUUGGCUAUUAUCUACAAUGUGGGAAUGUUCAUUCCUCUCAUCCUGUUCAUGCUUGCAGCCAUCCUGUUGAUUAUCUCUCUCAAGAGACAUACCCUACAGAUGGAAAGCAAUACCACAGGCUCCAGGAAUCCCAGCAUGGAGGCUCACAUAGGGGCCAUCAAAUCUAUAAGCUCUUUCCUCAUUCUCUACAUUUUUAAUUUUGUUGCUUUGCUCCUCUACAUGUCUAAUGUUUUUGAUGAUGACAGUUUCUGGAUUGUAUUCUGCAAAAUCAUUAUAGCUGCCUACCCCUCUGGUCACUCAGUAUUAUUAAUUUUGGGCAAUCCCAAGCUAAGAAAUACCUGGGGAAGGUUUCAGCACCAGAUUUGUUCUUGCUAUUUUUCCUCAUGUAGCUGGACCCUGUCAGGAAAGUGA